AAGAAGUCUCCAUUCUUCGGUCAGAUGUCUGUAGCCAACUUUUGCGAGAAAUUUCUUGGCUUGGACAAUCGUCGAGGGAUGUCUUUGGAGGAAGCACUGAAUAAUCGCCGGUCUGCUUCUGAUGUGGUGAAACAAUUAAAAGGUGACCGCAUAGCAUCUAUCGCUUAA